AUGUUUGUUCCAGUUUCGGGUCAGAUAAUAGUGUGGCAACCAUUUCAUGAAGCAUUUCAGCUGAGCAUUUACACUACAGAAGAUGACCGACUCGCCAAGCGUGUACCCUUCAGACCACUAUCGUCAGAUGUUUCAUCAAAAGAAAGCUUCGACAUUAUAUGCACAUGGUUACAGCAAUGUCUCUCGAAGCACGAGAAAUGCCAGAAUCGAGACGAGAUUAACCAAAAACUGCCAACCAGGGUUAUAGAUGUACAGCACGAAGGUCAGGAUCCGUUUUUGGUAGAAACAAAUCAAAGAAAUGGCAACUGGGUUGCAUUGAGCUAUUGUUGGGGCUCUUCACCUACAGCAGUAACAACGAGGCAAAAUCUUCAACAGCAUUGCAAUAAGAUACCUAUUUCCAGCCUUCCUCAAACCAUGAAAGAUGCUAUUGUUGUUGCUCGUCGGUUAGGUUAUCGAUAUCUUUGGAUUGAUUCUUUGUGUAUUAUACAAGAUUCACCAGAAGAUUGGGCCGUUGAGUCACUUAAAAUGGCAGAUGUUUAUGGAGGCGCCUCUUUGACAAUUGCAGCAGGAGCAGGCAUAGAUACUGCGUCCGGGAUUUUUGACAGUACUAAUGUUUUCCGCCAACAGCAAUGUGGAAAGUUUAAUUUCUCGAUCGAAGGCUAUGAUCCUCAUCAUCCUGAAGCACGUGGGAGGCUGUAUGUAAUGAAUUCCAUGGAUUUGAAUCCAUAUACACUUGCAGGUUGUCUCAGCAAACGUGCUUGGACUUUGCAGGAAAACUUAAUGUCUCGGCGCUUGAUUACUUUCGGAAAAGAGCAAUUGUACUGGAGAUGCAUCACACAAGGCUUCAUAGAGGCAUCUCCCACUCGAGAAAUCACCCUAAGGAACCACAGGAGAGGUACGUCACGCGGCAACCACACUGAUUUUAUACGCCGAAAUAUGAAUGAAAACAAGACGACAUUGCGUUCGUGGUACGAUAUCGUGAAUGAUUAUAUUCAUCGUCACAUAACUAUGCCAAAAGAUGUACUAAUUGGUAUCUCGGCUAUUGCCAAGGUGAUGGCCGAAGAGAUGAGACAGUCUCCUACUGCGUACAAGGCAGGUCUUUGGGAACAUGACUUCCAUAAAGGUCUCCUUUGGCGAAGGUCACACCACAGUCGUCUGCCACUCAUACGGCAUACUAAAUACAUCGCGCCAUCUUGGAGUUGGGCUUCAGUCAGUGCCAGCCACAUGUCACUUCCUCAUAUCUAUCGUGACGAAAAACGUGUUGAUAAUUCACCUUGUUCGUUUGAUGACGAAAAAUAUGAUGAUAAUCCACCUCCUUCAGAUGCUGAAAUCACUGAAAUCAACAUUAAGAACGAGAAUGAAGAUCAUUUCGGGAUGGUGCAAGGGGGUUAUGUUAAGCUCUCAGCGACAACUUUAGAAAUAUGCCGUCAUGAAAUCCCAUCAAUCUUUCUGGAUUGCCCUGAGAAUGCGAAAGAUGAAAUAAGAUUCCCACCCAAAGGCUCUGCUGAUCAGCAUUUCAAUUUUUCCUGA